CUCUGCUACUCCAUACUUGCAUACAGCUGUCUGGAGACAAAAUGGACGAGAGAAGCGCCUCUUCUAUCUAAGAACCGAGAGGUAAUGUAUCUAUCAAUUCCCUUAUCCAUCAGUGGGCCAGACGUGGGAGCUUCUACUCUUCACCGGUUCUUUUCAUGUGGGGAAGGCAUCAGGCACGGCACGAGAUCGGAGACAUUAUUGCAUGGACUAUGCGCGGUGGAUAACGCGCAACCGAGAAUUGGUGAAAUACAAGGGGGUAAUGUGGCGUGUUGUCCACUGUGGGAUUUGGCUUGGUCCAUUGGACCUGCUCCAAGUAAUAAUUGGACCACGAGAUCGCCGUCCAAGGAGAGAUAAAAGCGUCCCAUGAUUGGACCGCACAGAGAAAGCAGAAGGCCAGCAAAAAGUCUCACCAGGAAUUGGAUGAGACUAGGGGGCACGGAAAGAGAAGUGGGGCUGGGACAUAUAAGCAUCACGAGGAGCUCAGAAGUUAUCAGAAUAAACGGCAGGCCGGCAGGAGAAUUUGAUGUCAGAGAAGACCCUCCUGUCCAGUGUCUCCCGAUAGUCUUAAUUAUCUCGAAACGUGUGCCUGAGGUGCAUCAUACCGCCGCAGGGCUGAUCGGGGCGGGACCACCGAUCGGACGGCUGGCAGUGGCUGAUCAAGUGCCAGUUGGCUGAGAUGGUCGAUGACUGGGAGCACUCCUUAUGUGGUGGGGUGAGGUGCGGUUAUUGUUAAGCGGGUACGGGAAAUCUGUUACCUUUGUGGAUCCCCACUGCUGCUCCUUGAGAUCGUUGGCCGAUUCUUUGAUCUGGGCUAUUACUUUUAUUGGAAGUCCGGGAUCCAAAAAAAUAAUUCCAUCCUUAUCCGCUGUAAGUGAUUUUUCUCAGGAUAUUUGUUCUUUUCUUGUACUGGCGGAUAGGACAUGAGAACUUUAAAAAGGUGUGUUGGUGACUACUUUCGGUAGAAUUUGCAGAAAGUGCUGGUGGUUUUGGAAAAUCUUGGAAUUAGGUAUGCUUGGGCUAUAAGCUAUUCCUAGAAUUUUCAGAAGCUCGUAGGGGGGGGAGCUGAUCUUUCUGGGGCCAGUUUUCUUGCUGAGUUGGUGGACUCGAUAAAGAUGAUACUGGGGAUUUCUGAGAGUUGAAUAGGAAUCUUUGAACAAAUCUUGUUGUUGGUAGAUCGCACUUGAGUUUGUAAAAUUGGAAACAUCGAUACCUCUAAAUCCUGGAAGAGGCAAAGGGUCAACAGUUCUAUACCUCAGUUUUGUCGGAGAAAAUUUCUUUUGAUUAUGGCAGCUGGACUUGCUUCCUGCUGUAAAGUGUAGUCACAAUUCAGUUUGCGAAGCCAGAUUGUUGCAGUGGAGACUUAUGAAUGUUCUUGCAAUUCGGGCCUUUCUUUGCUUGUCCACUGGGUUUAUCGACUGAUGGGGUGUUUGUAUUCAAAGGGCUGCAUUGGCCAAGUACCUGAAUCCCCAACAGAAUCCAGGGGGAAGGAAAGCAGAAGGGGAGUCGCAGAUUCUGGUCUUUCUCCUGUUUCGUCAGAUGGAUCGGAAGAAGAUGAUCGAGUGCAUCAAUUGGGUAUAGCAGCAGAUGUGGGCAUCAAUCGUCUCUCGAGGGUUUCAUCGCAGUUCCUUCCUCCCGGAGGGUCAAGGACAGUCAGGGUUCCCUCAGGGAACUAUGAUUUGCGAUACUCCUACCUAUCUCAACGAGGAUAUUAUCCAGAGGCACUGGAUAAGCAGAACCAAGAUAGUUUCUGCAUUCACACCCCAUUUGGGACAAAUCCUAAUGAUCACUUCUUUGGUGUGUUUGAUGGGCAUGGGGAGUAUGGAGCUCAGUGCUCACAAUUUGUGAAGCGAAAAGUAUGUGAGAACUUGCUAAGGAACAGUCAGUUUCAUGUUGAUGCCGUUGAGGCUUACAAUGCUGCUUUCUUAACAACAAAUUCAGAGCUGCAUUCUGAUAGCUUGGAUGAUACGAUGAGUGGGACCACUGCAAUAACCAUAUUGGUAAGAGGUAGAACAGUCUAUGUGGCAAAUGCAGGUGAUUCUAGGGCUGUUAUCGCAGAGAAGAGAGGGAAGGAAAUUGUGGCCAUGGACCUCUCUAUUGAUCAGACUCCUUUUCGAACUGAUGAACUCGAAAGGGUCAAACAUUGUGGAGCGAGGGUGCUGACUUUGGAUCAGAUAGAGGGGCUAAAAAACCCAGAUGUGCAGUGCUGGGGUACUGAAGAAGGUGAUGAUGGUGAUCCUCCAAGACUCUGGGUGCAGAGUGGGAUGUAUCCAGGGACGGCAUUCACACGGAGUAUUGGAGAUUCUAUUGCUGAAUCUAUUGGUGUUAUUGCAGUUCCCGAAGUAUUUGUUAUGGAACUCACUUCUAAUCAUCCAUUCUUUGUGAUUGCUAGUGAUGGGGUUUUUGAGUUUCUCUCCAGCCAAACUGUGGUUGACAUGGUUGCUAAGUUCAAGGACCCUCGUGAUGCAUGUGCUGCAAUUGUUGCUGAAUCCUAUCACCUUUGGCUACAGUAUGAAACUCGUACCGAUGACAUUACAAUCAUAGUUGUGCAUAUUAAUGGGCUAACUGAUAUGGAAUCUAUUCAAAAUAUGCCAGAUGUGCCUGUAAGACCAUUGCCACAAAUUGUGGAGGUGACAGGAUCUGAAUCUCCAUCCACUGUAAGGUGGAACUCCAGGAAUCAUCGUGCAAGGCAUGAUUUAUCACGUGCACGAUUGAAAGCCAUUGAGAGUUCCUUCGAGAAUGGUCAUGCUUGGGUUCCACCCUCUCCAUCCCAUAGGAAGACAUGGGAAGAAGAGGCACAUAUUGAGCGGGCAUUGCAUGGUCAUUUUCUUUUUAGAAGGCUCACAGAUUCUCAAUGCCAUGUUUUGCUUGAUUGCAUGCAAAGAAUUGAAGUGAAGGGUGGGGAUGUAGUUGUCCAACAGGGCGGAGAGGCUGACUGCUUUUACGUGGUUGGAAGUGGCGAGUUUGAAGUCCUAGCUACUCAGGAAGAGGAUGGGAAGGAAGUGACCAAGGUUCUGCAUCGCUAUACAGCUGAGAAACUGUCAACCUUUGGGGAACUGGCACUAAUGUAUAAUAAACCGCUUCAGGCAUCUGUUCAUGCAGUGACUGAUGGAACCCUCUGGGCCUUAAAGCGAGAAGAUUUUCGAGGGAUACUAAUGUCAGAGUUUUCCAAUAUAUCAUCACUGAAGUUGCUUAGAUCAGUAGAACUUUUCUCAAGACUGACAAUUCUACAGCUGAGUCACAUUGCUGAACAUCUCAUUGAAGUCACUUUCUCAGAUGGACAAAUUAUAAUUGAUAAGAAUAACUGUCUCUCUGCAUUAUAUAUUAUUCAGAAGGGUCGGGUGAGGCUAACUUAUAAACCAGAAGCAAUGAGUCCAAAUAUCUCCAGUUUUUUGUCUGCUCAUCUUUCACAAGGAAUUCACCAUCAAGAGCAGGAUGAGCAUGUGGUGGAGAUGACAGAGGGAAGUUAUUUUGGCGAAUGGACACUUCUUGGUGAGCAUAUUAGCUUGUUAAGGGCAGUUUCUGUUGGAGAUGUGGUGUGUGCAGUUAUUACAAAGGAGAAAUUUGAUUCAGCAGUCGGGCCUUUGUCAAAAUUUUCACAGGAAGAUCUCAAGUUGAAAGAUUCUCUAGGUUGUUCUAAGGAAAGCACUGUAAAUAACGAUGCUGCAAUGCCCAAGGGGGUUCAGUUCUCUGAUUUGGAAUGGAGAAUGGGCAUUUAUGCAACUGAUUGUAGUGAAAUUGGUCUUGUCUUUUUAAAAGGCUCGGAAAAUAUACGAAGCUUUAAAAGGUUUUCUAAAAGGAGAAUCAAAGAUCUUGGAAAAGAAGCACAGGUCUUGAAGGAGAAAGAUAUAUUGAAGAGUUUGAGCCCAUCAGCUUGCGUGCCACAAGUAAUGUGCACUUGUGCUGACCAAUCAUAUGUUGGGAUUUUACUCAACUGUUGCCUUGCCUGUUCAUUAGCUUCAAUAAUCCGCACACCCCUAGAUGAACCCUCUACACGAUUCUGUGCUGCUUCUAUUGUUGUUGCAUUAGAAGAACUUCACAAGAAUUCUAUCCUUUAUAGAGGUAUUUCACCAGAGGUUCUGAUGCUUGAUCGAUCAGGGCAUCUGCAGCUAGUUGACUUCAGAUUUGCAAAGAAGUUACUUGGUGAAAGAACUUUCACUGUAUGUGGAAUAGCGGAAUCUUUAGCCCCAGAAAUUGUCCUAGGGAAAGGACAUGGAUUUGCUGUUGACUGGUGGGCUUUGGGAGUCUUGAUCUAUUUUAUGCUCCAAGCUGAAAUGCCAUUUGGUUCAUGGAGAGACAGAGAACUAGAGACAUUUGGAAAGAUUGCCAAAGGACAAUUGACUCUUCCCCAGACCUUCAGCCUAGAAGCAGUUGACCUCAUCACAAAGUUACUUGAAGUUGAUGAAAAAGCACGACUUGGAAGCCAAGGCCUUGAUUCCAUCAAAAAUCAUUCAUGGUUUGGUGAUCUUGACUGGAAAGCAAUUGCUGAUGGCACAUUUCCAGUACCACAGGGAAUUACUUCUCGUAUUGAUGUGUACUUGGAAAAACAUGCAGAAGACAUCACCAUGCCUGUCUCCUCCCCAUCUGAAGAUCUAGCUGAUCUCAACACCCCAGAAUGGCUGGAGGAUUGGUGAUAUCUUCAGAACAUAUCUUUGCAGGAUGGAGGAGAACAUCAGGUGAAACUUUUGUUCUCACAGGCAAGUUCUGCUGCAGUCGAUGCCUCUAUCGUCUAAUGAAAUGCAUAACUGAUAGAGGUAGAAGAUGGAGAGGAGUUCCUCGCUAGCAUAUCUUAUGCAACUCCUUUAUUGGAAGGUACAAUUCAUCAUGGAUUAUGUCAUGAUUUGUUCUCCUGAAUAGCUCUUUAUCAUGGUUCUGCCAAAGAUGGUGUUUGUUGGAGAUUGGAUUGAGCAACUGCAUGGCCUAUCACAUAGCCAAGUUCAAAGGUGAGUGGUGCAUUCUUUCAUAUAUAAAUCUUUAUUCCAAUGCUUUGUUUCUCAAUUGCAACAAAUGGCAAAAUGACCUCCCUGGAGCUACAAGCCUCAUUUAUUCUUAUAUUUUUGCUGCAUGUAAUUUUAAUAUAUAUAUAACUAAGCAUGAGUGGAACUACAUAUAGUUUGUAAUAUUGCGUGUACUGUGCAGAAGUAGUUCAAUAAUCCAAUUCAUCGUGUAUAUUCUUUACAGCGUUAUUUUAGAGUUUGCAGUCUGUGGGUUAUAUUGAUUCAUUCAUUGCUAUUGGAUUGUUAUGGUUAAAAAUUCAGAAACAUAAAGAAGGGACAAUUUUAUGUU